AUGCCUUCAGCUCGCCCCCCAUCACCAUCGUCAGGGUCAGGCUCGGCAUGGGCUUCCCCGUCGCCUCCGCUGCUGUGCACAUCCUCGGUCUCUCCCUCCCUCGCGGCCCAGACCCCUCCCGCCAAGGCAUCUCCGAAGCUCUGCAGCGUCGUCCGCAUACAAUCCCGCCAGGCGCACGCCAGGUCAGACAAGCCCGUGGAGAUCACCCUGGAGCUGCUGUCCUGCCACUUCCACGAGAGCCUCGAGGUCGCGGCGGCCAAGAUCGGCAUCGGCAAGUCGACGAUGAAGCUUGUGUGCAGGCAGCUGGGGGUGAGGAGGUGGCCGUACAGGCAAGUAGGAUCUCGGGCAGCAAGGUGGUACACGGAAGAGUACAGCAGUUUUUCACACAAGUGA